AUGGGAGUUCAUAAAGUGCCGACAAGGGCGGGGGCGGGUCACAACAGUAACAGCAAUAAUGCCAAAAUGACCCUCAAACGUGCACGAAAAGGCGCUAAUUUAAGUCGCCAAAAACUUCUGCAGUUACGGCGGCAAAUGAUGGCGGCCAAACAACAAAAGUUGGAGUUGCAAAAGGCAGAAGUAAAGAAAGUAGUCGCCAAACGUGUUCAAACAGCACAAAAUAAGAAAACACAUAAAACAUUUGAUCAUACCAUUCUAAAGUGUGUUCAGGACGGUUUGGUGGAGUCUAUUGAAGGUCUUGGUGAGACGGUCAGUCCACUCUCACUCUUUAUGGCAGCAUUUACAGCACUGUCAAGAUCACCUGAGAAACAUCAUAUUCCAUACAUUCUCGCUAUCUUAUCUGCUUGUGCCCCACGAUUAAGUCAAGGAGUUCUUUUACAUCAAUUGGAAGCCGCUAUUACAUUAAUUGAACAAAUAAUAGCAGAAAACUUAACAAGUAAUCAUUUGGUUGUGGCUAAAGCAAUGAAAUUUGCUCAACAAAUUAUGUUGUCUAUUCAAACACCAUCUAUGAAAGUUCUUAAGAUAUUUUCUCGUUUAGAGCCAAGUAAACUACGUGUGGAUGCUAUGCAAAUGUAUGUGGUUGUAUUUCGUAAAUUUCUUGAACAUGCAGCCCUUUCUAGUUCGUUAACUGGAACAUCACAUCAACGUCCUACAAGAGAUUCUCCAACUUCAGAUUAUUGUUUAAAUGAGAAUCAAAAGUUUUUUAUUCAAGCACUUCCACGUUUUGUAGAGUUGUGUAUUGGUAAUUUUACAGAUUCCCCUGUAAGUGUCGUUUCAGCUACAGUAUCCGAAUUAUGUUCUCUUUUACGACGUACACUUUCUCCUUAUAUAGUAGAAUCUUCAGAAGGACGUGAGGCUAUUGAAGGAAUUGUAUCUAAUCAAUUACUGGAAUUAUUAAAACCACAUCAUCAAGUUUACUGGGGAUUUGCUCUUGAAAUAUUUGAAGCACUCUUUGAACGGAUAAAUUAUCUUAAGCGUACGCCUGCUGGUGAUGCUUUACCUCUCACGAAACGUUUUCCAUCUUUUUCUUUCCUUUUACGUGUAUUAAAUAAACUUCGAGGCAUGGAUGAUUCCAAACUUAACGGUAAAAUUGAACGUGUGAUGGUGGCUAUUGGAAAAGGAAUGUCUGUUCGUGAAUUUGUGGAGAUUAUCCCAUUUGAUCCUCGUCGUGCAUAUGAAGUAGAAAUAAAUGGUGGAAAUGCUGCUAAUGAGGAAGCGGCUUGGGCAAACAGUUAUAUUCUUAAUAUUCUCCGUCGUAUUGCCUCUCAUGAUUCUCUACCAUUUUUUGUAGAAUACUUUUUUCCACUUAUUCAAUUUACUCGAAAUGUCGCCUUGGAGUAUGAAAAACAACGACGACCAGAGUUUUCACUUCGGUGGACAUCCUUACUACAACAAUACUGGCGUGUGGGUGUUGGUUUUUGUCAUUAUCCACGUAUAGUUACGAAGGAUUCAUUCCGUGAUGUGGCUAAACAAUUAGUGGGUCUUUUAUCUCAUGCACUCUUUGUGGAUACCGGUGCGACGGCAUUACAUGUUCUCUGUGAUGGUUACUAUGAACUCUCAAAUGCUGUUUCUCUCGAUGAAGAUUAUGAUGAUGUGGAGGAUGUGGAUGAUAAUAAUAUGGAAGAGGAAAAACUGGAGGAGGAUCAACGUGAAAAAAUUUCACGAGGAAAACGUAAUAUACAGCAACAGAAAAAUACCUUGGAAGAGGAUACAUACUUUCUUGCCCUUAAUGAUCCUACAUGGAAUCGUCAUGUUUAUCAUGGAAUUUCACAGGAAACAGCAAAACACGUAUGUGAGGAAAUUAUUGCAAAAUUCAGUGUAAAUAUUAUGCCUAAACUUUGUAAUACCUUUGAAACCCAUGAUUCCACUGCUGUUCUCUUGGCUAUUCAGAGUUUCUCACGUGUUUGUACACCAGAUGUGAUGCAGGUUAUUCUCAAGGGUAUUUUAGAUCUUGGUAUGAAUAUUGUAAAUCAAACCCAACAAAAGGAAAUUGUUCCUGGAAAGAAAGCGAGUCAUGAACCAUUAACUGGAAAACGACGAAUGGUUCUUGAUAUUUCAUGUGCUGUAGUUUCUCAGAUUUCAGCAGAACAUGUUGAAAAAUUAUUUAAUGAUAUUAUUGAACCUGUUCUUAUGGAUCCUGCACCAGAAUCACGUCUUCUUCAGAAAAAAGCAUAUAAAUUAUUAUAUGCUAUGUUUGAACAUCGUAUAAAAGAAAUAUUUCCUAUGUUUCCUCGUAUUGCAGGAAUCUUAGCGGUUGGUCGUCAACAUCUCACUAUUUCAGGAACAAAAAUGCGUUUACGUUGUCUUGUAUGGGCUUUGGAUGCAUGUAAAAUGUAUCACCCAGAUCAAUUGGUUUCUAUGAUUCGUUCUACUGUGGGAGAAACUAUAAUGCUUUCUCGUGAACGUUCUAGUGAAACACGUGCAGCUUCAAUGGACCUUUUAGAAAAAAUGCAACGAUAUCUUGUGGGUUCUGGAUGUCCUGUAAAUAUGCUUCUACAUCUUGUACUUGCUGGGUUUUCUGGAAAAACACCAUGGAUGAUUUCCAGUACUUUAGUAGCCAUGGCCAAGUUAGUAUAUGUAACCCAUCAAGAGUUACCAGAAGAAGAUCUUAACUCCGCUAUUGCUCUUGGAUUUCGUAUGAUGGAGUCUACUUCAUUAGAUGUACGUUCGGCUGGGGCUAUGUUUGCACGUAUGGUAUUAAAAUUAAUGAAACGGUGUCCACGUAUUGCUACAGCGGUGGAGAAAUCUUUACCAAAGUUAUUACUCGCUAUUGCGUUAAUAACAUCACAACCACGUGUAUCCAGUAAUACACGUGUACAGAUGCGUGUACUUCUUGAAAAGUGUAUUAAACGUUUUACGUUUGAACGUCUUGAACCUAUAUUCCCUAUUGGAUCAAAGAACUUCCUCCGAUAUACACAUAAAAUGAUGAAACGUGAACAGAAGAAAGAAGAAAGAGAACUUAAAAAGCGUGUGGAUGAAAAGAAGAAUGAAUUUGAUAGACUGUUCCUUGGAGUCGCUUUGAAGGCUGGUACAGAAGAUGAUGCAGAACGUGAUUUACUUCAGGCUGGUGGAGUAACAAAUUUUGUCUCCACACAUGCUUCACCAUCUUUUUACUCAUCCCAUAAUAAUGAUGAUGAUAGUGGUGAUGAAUUGGAUAACAUGCAUAUUGAAUUCCAAGAGGGUAAACUGCACAUCAUGAGUAUGGAAGAUAAGCGUAAACAAGAUGAUCAUAAACGUCGACAGGAAAUGGCAGAACGUCUUCUCCGUCGUAAUAAUGGAUUAAUCCACGCAGAAGCAUUAAAUGAUGCUGCGGUGGGUAAACGUGGAAAACGAUCUCGUGCAGAUGCGGAGGACUUUGAGAAUGAUGAAUUAAUGUUGCGGUAUGGAAAUAAGAUAAAUGGUGAGGCUGUAGAGCGGGCGACCACCACCGCCGAGCCCCGUGUGGGUCCUGGUGUAAACCAGAUUGCCAAACUCCGCGAUCAAAUGCGGGAAAAGCGGGAGUUGAAGCGGGCACGUGUGGAGGAAGAUAUCCGCAAGGGCGAUGAGUUCAAGGGAACAGGACAGGGCGAUGUGAAGCGGGGAAAUAUGGCUCCAUUCGCUUAUGUUCCUCUCAACCGUCAAUUCAUGAAUAAACGACACCAACGGGAGGCGGUGCAGCGGCUGGAAGCGGUGGUGCACGAACACUUAAAGGGAAAUAAAGCCAAAUUGGCUCGCAGCUCUAAGAAGAAAGGUGGCAAAUAA